AUGGAAGUAAAUAAGGAACUAGCAGAACCCUAUCUCUCUUCGUCUCUUCCCAUCCCCUCGAUUACCACAAGAUGGUGGUCUAAGGACACAGUUGCAAUAGUCACAGGAGCUAACAAAGGGAUAGGGUUUUCCCUGGUGAAGCAACUUACUGAACUUGGAUUGACUGUGAUAUUAACAGCUAGAGACGUAGAGAAGGGAAACAAGGCUGUUGAAUUGCUAAAAAGUCAUGGUCUGCUUGUACACUUCUACCGCCUUGAUGUCUCAGAUCCUGCUUCUAUCAAAACCUUCACUUCGUGGUUUCAAAGGAAAUUUGGAGUGUUGGACAUUCUUGUAAACAAUGCUGCUGUAUCAUUCAAUGACAUUUAUGAGAACUCAGUGGAGCACGCAGAAACAGUGAUAAAAACCAAUUUCUAUGGGGCAAAAUUGCUCACUGAGGCCGUCUUGCCAAUGUUUCGUCGAUCAGAUUCCAUCAGCAGGAUUCUUAACAUUAGUUCAAGACUUGGUUCAAUUAAUAAGAUGAGAAACCCUAAGAUAAAAGAGAUGCUUCUAAGUGAAAAAUUAUCAGCGCAGCAGAUUGAGGGAAUGGCGAAUUUGGUUUUAGCCAAACAAUACGAGGGUUCUGGAUUAAGUGUGAAUUGUUUCUGUCCUGGCUUCACUCAAACGUCAAUGACCGGCGGAAAGGGAACUCACACCGCAGAUGACGCUGCUCAAGUUGGUGUUAGGUUGACCUUGCUUCCUCCUGAGGAGCUGUCAACUGGGAAGUUUUAUAUAGGGUUUAACACCGUCACUAGUUCUAAAUUAUAG